AUGGUGGCCCUGAUCACCCCCUUCACAGACGACAAGACCGCCAUUGACGAAGGCCGUCUGCAAGCACACAUCGAGCACCUGAUCAAAGCAGGCGUGCACGGUCUCGUUCCAGGCGGCAGCACAGGCGAAUUCACCACAAUGACCGUCGCCGAGCGCAAGCAGCUAACAGAGCUGUGCGUUAAGUUUGCCGCUGGCCGCGUCCCCGUCGUCGCUGGCACAGGCAGUCUCUCAUCCGCCGAGGCCGUCGAGCUCUCCGUACACGCCGCCAAAGCCGGCGCCGCAGCCACAAUGGUCGUGCCCCCCUUCUACGACCCCGUCAUCCUGGAGCAGCUGCACGAGCUUCUCAAUGAGAUCCACACGGCCUCCGGUCUGCCCAUUGUCUUCUAUAAUAUUCCUUCUGCGUCGGGAAUCACCCUGUCCCCCACUGAGAUCGCCGGUCUGUCUAAGGUCGGCGUCAAGUAUCUGAAGGAUACCUCUGGUAAUGCCCCGGCCCUGACGGAGCUUAUCUUUUCUCUGUCGGAUCAGAUUACCUCGUUUAAUGGAUGGGAUACUUUGACUUUCUAUGGUCUUGCUGCUGGCGCCCCCGGUGGUGUCUGGGGUGCAGCGAAUAUUAUUCCUGAGUUGGCCGUUGAGCUUUAUGAGGCUGUUUCUGUUAAGGGGGAUUUGAAGCGUGGUCGUGAGAUUUGGGCUAAGGCUUUCCCCAUUUGCAAGUUCCUUGAGUCGCAUAACUACGCUGCUGCUGUUAAAACUGGUGUUGAGUUGAUUGGCCAGCCCACUGGUGGCUUGCGCAAGCCUUUCGCUCUUCUCAACCCGGAGUUGACGGCGGAACUUAAGCAAUUGCUGCAGAAUGCUGGUGUUAAGACUGUUUAG